AUGGCAUCUACUCCUUCACAGGAGCUGGUCAAGCAAUCGCCUGGCCAGCUUAUGCCUCCUCCACCACCUCCGAAGCGAAUCAAACGCCCCGCAACUGUCCUUGAUGAAGACAUCUACAGCAACGCUUUGUCCCACAUUAUCGCCCGCGACUUCUUUCCGGGCCUGCUCGAGACACAGAUCAAACAAGAGUACUUGGAAGCACUUGAAUCGAAGGACAAAGCAUGGAUUGCAAGCUCCAAAAAGAAGUUAGCAGGCGUCAUGCGCACGCCCACCCCGGGGUCGAAUGCAAGACGAAAGUCAGCAUCGGUUCCGAGCACACCACAGCAUUUCCCGGCGGGACGACCGGGUGACACCCCACAUGGCUGGGGAGGUGACACUCCCAUGUCCGUCGCAUCCGCUUCCACGGCGGCAACUGAAACAGAAGACCGGCAUAUUCCCGAUGUAUCGAAUAUGGGACUGGUCGCGUUCCAGGAAAAGUACACCAGCGAAGACAACGAGUCUUUCAACAAAGUCCUGGACAAGCAAAAUAAAAAGCGACGGGAUAAACAUGCCUGGCUUUGGAACGGGAAUAAGAUUCCCUCCGCUCGGCAAAUCGCACACCACCAACAAGAAGUCAAGCGCAUCACAGCUCAAGGUGGAAAUCCACAAAUGGGCCUUAUCAAACGAGAAGAGAAUGUCCAGCCCGCCAUAAAAACCGACCUGGAUGCCCGCCCCGCAAAUCCAGACACGUGGAAAAGCCGCCCAGACAACACCCUUAUGUUCCUCCCCUCCUCGGUGGAGGAUACCCACGAGACGCUCGCGCAGAAGGCAGAAAUGACAUCCCGAGCAGCCCCCAAGCGAACCCUCUACCAAAAUACCAGACUUCUAGACCCGCAUGCCGCGGCAGCAGCGGAUGCCGCCAGCGCCGUUCCCCCUUCACCCUCAAUAUCCGCCAUCCAAGAUGCCAUCGCCGGCCGACCGCAUCUCAGCGAGUCCGAAGCCGCAUCCGCCUUCGCAGGUAGCGAAACCCCGAGGGUGAACGGCUACGCCUUCGUCGAUGAGGACGAGCCGGAGCCUGAAUUCACAUAUGGCUCGAGUUCCAAAACCGACGACAUGGAAAUCGACUGGCGCCUCCUCGGACCGACCUCUGAAAACCCAAAUCCCUUCCAACUUGGCGAGACUCGCAAGCGUGAAGCCCUGCAUCACCGUAUGGUCGAUCGCAUGGCACGGAACAAGCGUGCUGAGAAGGCCGCCCGUGUUACGAAGACGCCUGUCUCGUUGACGCCGCGAUUCGCUAGUAGUCCUCGUUUGGACUUUGGAUCUCGGUCUACGCCUCUGGCUGGGUCUACGCCUGGGGUUGGGUCUAGUAGGGGCUCUGUCUAUGGUGGAGGGCAUUCCCAAGGAAAGAUGCUUACGCCUGCAGCGCAGAAGCUGUUGCAGCAGGUGGGGACGCCGAGGUCGGGAGAGAGGAAAUCUGGACUGGGGAAUGUUUGGACGACUACACCAAAGCGAACGCCUACACCGAGGCGAAAGUGA